CAUACUUUCGUCUGGCUGCGCUAGUUCUGUUCCGCGCUCGUUAGAAUGGCAUCUGCGUCGCAGGCGAUUGUUUUCCCCACGACCGGCUGGGAAAGUGACCUUUCUUGCCUGCCGCCUCUAAACGAAGAGAGGCUUGUUGAAUUUUAUCGCAGCAAGUCGACGACAGAGCGCUGCUACGACCGCAGCUACAACUUCACCGUCGAAUCCUACUUAAUCGCAUCGACGGUGAAGACGAACAGCUCCAUGCAAAGUGACGGGCUUGUCCUCAUAAGGGCACAGUGCUACAGGAGCAAAAAAAAGAAUGCAUCACCCUACAUUGUCCACGCAGCUAUUGGACAGCAAGGGCAAGUUGUUGGGGGCAACUGUGAAUGCCCUGCUGGCCAGUUUGCAUGCAACCACUUGCUAAGCAUGCUUCGCAUGGUUGCCCUGCUCCAGUCUAAAGGCUUCUCAGAAGCACCUGAAGACAUUGCGUGCACUGAUUUGCCACAGCAAUGGCGGGUGCCACGUGGAAAGGUCAUUAAGGGCAGCUCUGUUCAAGGGAUUGACUGGAGGAGCGUCAGAGAAGGCGGCCUGAGUGUCCCAAAACUUGCCAGGCCAACAGAGCGGCGAGUGAACCCACGCACGAAGGAAGAACAAGCAGCUGCACAAAAGAAGCUUUGCCGCAGCAUACUCGCAAGAGAUGCCAACAAUGCAUUUGCCCGAGGGCUCUCGUUGUCGCUGGGGCAGCCGUAUAAAGAAACCAAAUACGGCCUGGCUCCAGCCUCAUCACCACUUGCGUACCAGCAGGCACUGCUGCCUCACGGAUUUAGUGCGCAGUUGUCCGGCAUUACACCGGUGUCACUUGCCUCCUCCCAGCUGGUGCCGACUCUGGACCUAUUCAAGGAUGUUGAGCCUUGGAUUCCAGCUGUUCACCAAACAACCUCUGGAAUUCUUGAGAAGGUGAGAACAACCAGGGAGUCAUCUUUGACACUGGAACGUGACACAAGGCAGCAGUCGCGUAGCGCAACUUGGCAGAAGGAGCGGGCUCCAAGGCUGACGGCGUCAAACUUUGGUGUCGUGCUUGCGAGGCAGCAGUGGUCAUCAAAAGGCCUUCAAGCGAUCACAGCUAGCAGAGACCUCUCAAGGGUGGCUCCUAUCAGGUGCACAAACUGCUUGAAAUCUCUUGUUCACAGAAAGAGCACGCUCCGCAGAAUUAUUUGGGUUGUCCCAUGUAACUUGGGCCAACACUUAAAAAAUCAAAAGGUGUACUGGAAGCAAAUUGAACUGAACGCAUACUAUUCACACUAG